GGAUGAGAGAGUGAGGUGGUGAGAGAGCAGGAAAAUGUGAUGAAAUGUAAACUUACGGCAGCUUCCUGAAGCUAUUCAGUGGCCCCUAAAGUGAGGAACUAAAGUAUGUUUAUACAUCAGAGAGACGGUAGAAAGUGAAGUGAUAACACCUCUGCUGCAGUUUAUUGAUUUUUCUUGAUUAGGAUAAAAUUCAAAAUGAAUAUUCGCCACGCUCUGUUCUUCUGCUGCUGUUUGUCAGCACUGUGUGAUGGUCUCGUCAACACACAACGAAUGUUUAUGAAAACUGAAGGACAAAAUGUUGUGUAUUUUUUCCGGGUUAAAAAUGCUGCAGACAGCAGAAAGUACUUCUGCAGGAAUGACUGCGAAAAAGAAGACAUCCUCAUUGAGACACACGCCAACAGAGCUCAGAGUGGCAGAUACACCAUUAGAUAUAAUGGUUUUCUGCACGUGAUCAUCAAAGAGCUGACUAAGUCUGACACAGGACGGUACAGAUUUGGUGCAAGCAAUUCUUCAUCACUGGGUUCAUACCAGGACUUUGAGGUCGAAGUUAGAGCACUGUGCGAAGGAGAUGUCCUUUAUGGAGAACGCAAGGUUUACAGCAGUGCCGAAGGAGGAAAUGUCACAAUUAGAUGUUCCUUGAGUGCAAAUACACAAAACAGGAAGUUCCUCUGUAGAGAGGAAUGUAAAAAAACUCUCAUUGAAACUACCACGGUCGGAGCAAAGAGUGGCAGAUACAGCAUUGAAUAUGAGAGCAGUUCAUUCUUCAAUGUGACCAUCGCAGAGCUGAACAAGUCUGACUCAGGACUGUACCGAUGCGGCGUGGCAAGUCAAGUGUCAAAAAAUACAUGCCAGGGGUUUGAGAUCUCAGUUACAAGUGGUUACAGUUUGCCUCUGGUUGUUUGUCUGAUUGUGCUGUUUUUCUUGGCCAUUUCUCUACUGCUUCUAUACAAAUUGAAGAUAAGAAGCUCUACUUCUUUGGACAGUGGGGAAACCUCAACUGGCAGAAACAUGGAGUCUGUCCUCCACUACAAUUCUGCCCCAGUCUCCACACUGGAAGACCCCGCCUAUGACACCGUCAACCCUCCCUCUCCCUACGAAACCCUCAACGUACACCACACAGCUUGUGACCAGAUGUACACCGCACUCAGCCAGCAAACAUAAUUCUUCUUCUUGUGUGUAUAUAAAACAUUUUGAGGUUAUCUCCUUCUGUAAUCUGAUUCUUGAUGUAAAUUGAUGUCAUUUUUUUUUACUUUCUUUUUCUGACUUACUUUUCAUUCUGUCUAUAUUAAUUUUUUUUUUGUUAUUGCUGAUAUUGGCAUUUCUAAAUUGGCACUUGCAUUUUAAAUAUUUUACUGUUAUGCUUCGUACCCGCUGCAAAUUUUGGAUGCACAUAUUAUAUUAAUCUGGGGGAGAUUGUUGAGGGCACUUAAACCCCAAUAGGGUUAAAGAGGAAUUAGAUUUGAAGCAAUUUCCAUAAGUCUAGUGGAUUAACAGGAUUUCUUUGAGAAAUACUGAAAAUGUAUUUCUUGGUUGGAUGUGUUUAGGUGCAUUUGGACUUGCAGAUGAAAUUAGGGUCAUUCAUAAUGUUCAGUGAGAGUGGUCAGUUUAAUACAGAGUAGUCUAAAUAGUUAAGUUGAAAGAAUGUAAAAUUUAACUGUGUUGACAAAUAAAUGUUCAACCUUUUCUACCCACUGAUGGGUUGAGAUGUAAAAGUGUAUUUGUUAUAGAAAAUUGUGAAUUGUCUCACUUUGUAUUUGUGGCUGUAGAAUAUUUUUAUUGUUAUUUUUGCAUCAACUAGCAAUUACACUGAAGCUCACACUGGUCUGUGCAUCGGUGUGAGCACAUUCUCAAAGUAGGAAUUAGUUUUUCCUUUG